ACCGGUCCCAAGUUGGGUAGAGGCGCUGCGUCGCGGAGACUGUGGCUGAUUUGAGGUGGUCUUGCUUUGAGAGAGACGCGUCACUUCCAUCUGUCUGCUUAAAGAAAAGGAAGGAGGAGUGCUAGACUACUUUUUUUCUCAAAUAAACAGACAGACUUUAAGGAAAGUGGUGUAAGUGGAUCACAGCGGGCGACGGCAGCUCCUCCUUGGAUGUAUCAGUGAGGUGGGGAGGGUUUCGGGAAUGAGCCACACGCUGGAUGAGAAGGACGGAAAGUGAGCCAAGAGGAAGAUGAUAUCUGCAGGAAUCAGACUACUGUUAUCUCUGCGCUGAUUUCAUACUUUUCUUUUCCUUUUCUGGCGGGGAGUUACUGUUACAUCCGAGCUACUUAAAGCUCCUUUCAAAUUGGCACAUCUCCACCCACCACACCUCUGGCUGGUUCAUCACAUUAUUCCAAAAAAUCAAAACUUGAAAGGUCGUUUGUGAUGGAUUGUCGGUGCCUGCUGGCUUUUAAUUAAUUUAAACUCUUUCUAUACAUUGUUUUUCUCCUUCAUUUUUAUUUACCCAUCUAACUCGAUACAAUUGACCCCUGAACAUGGCCAUCAACACGGACACCGACUUCCUGAAGUCCAACUUGAGUGAGGGCGGGGGACGCAGCACUCAGCCCGCGGACCCCCACGAGACGGAGAAGCUCCUGACGCUGACCACCGAGCCCGGAGGGAACGGCAUGAAGAUGUCCACCUCCUUCACCGUCAACAUGGACAGCGACAAGGGCCAGGAGGCCGACCUGAACGGCCACAGCGUCGCCCUGAGGUCGGGCUCCGCCGGGCAGCUGGGCGUCGCCGCGCCCCUCUCCCCGUCCAGGGCGAGCCUGAGCCGCUCCUCCACCGGGAACGCCACCGUGCAGGAGACCCCGAAGCCCAAGGAUUACCUCAUCCUUGUCAUCCUGUCCUGCUUCUGCCCCGUCUGGCCCGUGAGCAUCGUGGCUCUGGUGUACUCCAUCAUGUCCAGAAACAGUCUCCAGGUGGGGGAUAUUGACGGGGCCAAGAGGCUGGGUCGACUGGCUCGUCUGCUCAGCAUCUUCUCCAUCAUCCUGGGCGUAGUCAUCAUCGUCGUCUUCGUCUCAGUUUCAGUGACCCACUGACAUGGAGGAACUGAGGGGAGAAAUGAACCGUGAAAGCCAAACCACCAAUGCAACAAUGAAGGAAAAGCCCAAUUUAAAAAAAACAAGAAAUACAAUAUCCAACUUUAUGCCACAUUGUAAUUACAUCAUGACUGAUGUCAGAAAGCAAAAAAAGUGAGAAACUCAUGAGUAGGUACUUCAGCAGGUAAACAAAUAAACACAUUGAGAAGAAAAGUCAGAGAUGCAUGCAUUAGAAUUCUGUAACAUUUGCUUGAUACAAAUAAUAAAAACCUUAUGUAAAAUUGGUUCAAGUUAAAACAGAGGAAAAUGCAGAUUUGUGUGUGACAAGGAGGACUCAUGAAUGUUUAUUUUUGAAAUAAUGAACUGCUUAAACGAAGAGGAUGAUCCACGUGUGAGGCGAGAACGAACGACAGACGAUGCUACGUCCUUUGAAAAAGUGAUUCUGAGUUUGAGUCAAAUACGGGCAGCUGCGUGUAAUCCUCUAAUAUUCCUUACCGAACCCCUUGCAUUCAAAGUAUAUACAGCUACAAAUAUAUUUGACACAUGAAUAUAUGAGUACAUAUAUGUGUGUAUAUAUAUAUAGAUGUACAUUUUAUAAAAUGUUUGUAUGCCAAGUGGUGCUGGGUUUGUUAGGACUGUCAUGAUGGCUGCUUCGGCAGCACUUAGAAAUUCAAGGGUUUGUGAAAAAGGGGCGGAAACUUAUUUUUCUUAUUUAAUAUCAUUUUUUAAAUUAAAAACUAAUUGAGACCAACUGCAUGCCUGAAUGUUGAUAUCCAACAUUCUGCCUUCAUUUUGACUGUUAUUAGCUGUCUCUUUUCUUAUUAAGGAGUCACAGCGGGUUUGCACAUGGAGAAGUGAUUGGUAUUACACUGUACUUUAUCGUUUUCAUUACGUGAGUCCAGCCACUGUGGAAUGUGAGUGGGCUGGGAUCUAAUCCCCUUCAUAUCUCCCGAAUCCACGUAACCUUGAUCUGGCAGAAUAAAAUGCAUGCAGAUCCUCCCUCCUACUUUUUUCCUUCACCCUGUCCAGUUAUUCACCAGAAAACAGGAUUUAGAGGCGGCCAUCCUUAAUUUCGGUCCCCUGAACUCCAUUUCACAAGUUACAAAUACUACUUUCUACUACAAGGCUCCCCAUUUUCCAUUGUCAUUCUUACGUUAUUAAACAUUAACUGAUAUUCGCCAGGGUUUCACCCCUACUCCUUGUAUUAGUAUAAAAUGUAUUCAUAGAGGAAUAUAUAUGCAAUAUGUACGCAUGCUAUGGGCCUAAUCGGCUGACACACAUUCAUUUUUUGUAAAUGAACGGGUCCGAGUUUGACUGGUUAACAACAAAUAGCAUUUAAAGAAUAUUUACCUGAAAUCCAAGCACGACAGGCUGUCUGUAUUCUUCACUUCAUCGGAGAGAGUUCACUGUAUUUAGUCCCCUGUGGCUACAUAGGGCUGUUGUAUUGACACAUUACUAGCUUAUGCUACAAGCACAGGAAACGUCACCAUGUAGCAAUAUCAAUUUAUGCUUAUUUUUUUCUUAUUCUUAUGCUAAUUUAAGCAGGAUAAACUAAACACGUUUAAGGGCUUAGUCAAAUGAAACUAGAGGAACACCAACUCAUUUUCAGUGAUGAGGGAUAAAAUGUUUCCGCUGGCCAAGAAAUUCCUCCUGAACUAAACAUCAAAGUCAAACUGUGUUUGUAAUGGUCAAUGUUUUGUGUGAAACAGGCUUUUAUCAAUUCCAUGGAAAUACAUAGUUGUACAUACAAAUCCUACUUUUUGAAAGCAGCAAAAUCCAAAGAAUCCCCGCGUUUACUACCAAUCUAUAAAAGAAAAAAAGCACAUUACAAAGUGUGUCCUUCCCGUAGAUCACAUUGAGUGUAGUUUACUGCUCUAAUAUACAAAAAUCCCAUAGCUGAAAGUGGUCAGGAGCAGCUUUCUAACUGUGUAGCCUAUAAAACAGUCCAAUCCUCCAUUUCAAUCAGAUAUAUGACGGUUUCUUUUCCACUAUACUGUAUGUGCCAGUUUUUAUCUCUGUGGUGUACACUGUGCAUGUCCGGAAUAAACGUUACCACGCAUG